AUGCAAGAGAACAGUGUGGACCAGCCUACAUCAUUAUCUCAGCUCUUGAGAGAGAACUACUUGGCCGAAGCACGAGCACACCAGAGACACAGCGAGAUGAGUCGUUCCGACUCCUCCUCACGGCGCCUGGUCUACGGGCCCCUCAAAGGCAAGAUGGCGGACUCUGCGGGGCUGGACGAGCCGCAACACCAGCUCCCAGACCUCUCAGCCUUCCUGAGUCAGGAAGAACUGGAUAAGAGUGUUAACCUGGCCUGUCAGGCUAUCGGACCCGAGGCCUGCGAAGAGAGGUCAGAUGUCAAGGCCUCCCCCUCUGCCACCUCCUCGUUCCCACCGUCCAUCAUCCAAGAUAUUGCGAUGAAGAACUACCGGGAGGACAUUAAGAGACCAGGGACUGGGGGGAGGAACACCCCGGCGUUCGGCCUGGAGAACCAGUCCAAGAAGGAGUUCCUCAACAAGGCAGCGGACUUCAUCGAGGAGCUCUCCUCUCUGUUCAAGGCAAACAGCUCCAAAAGGAUACGGCCCCGAUCGUGCAAAGCUCAUAGGAGCAGAGCCAACAAGGGCCAAGCCGAUGGGAGCAUUUACUCCCUGAACGCAGACGACAGGGAACGGCCCAUUCUUCUCCAAGACUUCGAAAUGGAGAUGGAGAGGCCUGCUAAUCCCUUCUGCAUUCAGCCGCCAGAGGCGGAUGAAGUGGAUGAGGCUGAGAGCCCUGCCCUGGUGGAGCCUGCCUUGGUGGAGAUCACCCCUGGAGUGUACACAGCCGACCCCAUCUGUGAGCCCCCUCACUUCAUCCAGAAACUGAAAAGCAGGGAGGUGUCGGAGGGCAGCAAGGUCCAGCUGGACUGCAUUGUUCGAGGACUCCCCACGCCCGAAGUCCGGUGGUUUUGUGAGGGGAAGGAGCUGGAGAACUGCCCUGACAUUCAGAUCAUCAACAACGGCGAGUUGCACUCUCUGAUCAUUGCCGAGGCAUUCGAGGAAGACACAGGGCGGUACUCUUGCUUUGCUUCCAACUUCUAUGGCACAGACUCGACAUCUGCAGAAAUCUACAUCGAAGGUGCCUCCUCUACAGAUUCGGAGGGGGAACAACAUUUUGAACAUGUAGCACAGCUGCAGAGGACCUCAGAUCAACCGACUGCUCCAUCUUUACAUUCAGUGGUCUGUGCUGUGUCUGUUUCUGAGGAAGGCACACCCAUCUGUACUAAAGAACAGCCACAGGAGGCCACCUCACUGCCGUCUUGCCAGGUAGUCACUUCAUCUGUACCUGUCAAGGUAACUACUACUGCCCUUCCUGUUACGGAGGUGACAGCAACACUCACCCAGGUGACGUUUACAUUGUCCCCUGCCCAGGAGACGUCAGCACCGUCACCUGUCCAGUUAGUCUGCACUCUAGAUCUACCACCUGUGGACAUAGUGUCAGUACUGGCGCAGGAGGUGUCAACACCGUCCCUGUCAACACCGUCGCCUGUACCAGUGACGUCCACAACAUUACAGACAAAGACAGUCACUACCACGGCACUACCGCUGACCCAGGUGGCUUCCUCUGCACUGCCUGCCCAGGUGGCUCCCAUACAGACGACUCUAUCUGAGAACCUAAACGGUGACAGCUGUAACCUAGGUCUAGACGCCUAUCCUCAAGGUCUAGACGGGAGGCCGAUCAUCGCUGCCCCUGUUUUCACAAAGAGUCUGCAGGACCUUUUGGCGUCGGAGAGCCAGCUGGUGGUGCUAGAGUGCCGUGUUAAAGGGGUGCCCUCCCCCAAGGUGGACUGGUACAGAGAAGGAACCAUCAUAGAGGACUCCCCUGACUUCAGGAUCCUGCAGAAGAAGCCUCGAUCCAUGGCUGAAUCAGAGGAAAUAUGCACUUUGGUUAUUGCUGAGGUCUUCCCUGAAGAUUCUGGAACAUUCACUUGCACUGCGAGCAACAAAUAUGGAACUGUAUCCAGUAUUGCUGCACUAAGGGUGAAAGGUAACAACCGAAACCGAACUGACCUCAAAAAGCACUAAUUGCUCACGCCACACAAGUCCACACAAGAGCCCUCUUCAUUAGAUCUCACUCCCCCCAGUCUAAAGCCUCAAGCUGAGGUUCCUGUGACCAACAGCAUCAAGCCUCACUCCAACACCAUCCGCCUAGAUCCGCUCAGUUCCAGCGCGUUACGACUGGACCCUCUGAGCACCAGUACCCUCCGUCUAGAUCCUCUGAGCUCCAGCAUGCUGCGCCAGGACCCUGUCAGCAUCAGCAUGCCCAGCCUGGACCCACUAAUCCUGGGCAGCAGCCCCAGGAUAGGCACCCGUAGCUCCAGCACAUCUUGUCUGGAUCCACUCUACCUGAGCACCCCUCACCCAGACCUGUCUACUAGCUCCAGCAGGCUACGUCCUGAGCCCAAGAGCAGUGGUGAGGUGCCCAAGACUGACCAUGAAGACUCCAGAGCCUUCUCAGUGUUAUCAGACCCUGCCAUUGGUCUGAGUCCUAAGGUGGAAGGGACUCCUUUCCAUAAACCUGAGCACCCUCCCCCUGUAAACCUCCCUGAUCCCCCCACCUCCUCUUGCCUCAAGCCUGGGGUUCUGGUGAGCCACAACGGGCCCAGGUCCAGCUCCAGGGUAGGCCUCCGUGUGCACUUUAAACUGCCUGAGAAUGAGACAGACAACGAGAGUGAAACAUCCGAUAGCCAUUCAUAUGAAGAUAUGUCACAGUUGGCCAAUAAGGAACCACCUCCAGUCCUGGCCAAGCCCAAACUAGACCCUGUCCAGCUGCAGCUUCUACACAACCAGGUGCUUAUGGAGCAGCAGCAGACUGACACUGAGCCAACCGGAGCCACCCAGAGCCAAGAGGAGGCAUCUGCCUGGCCAGCCUGGAAGCAACCCGAGCCCCAGCCCCAGCACCAGCUCCAGCACCAGCAAAGCCUACCCCGUUCAUCUACCCCCAUGCCACUGCAGUCCACCCACCCCGCACCCAUACCGACCAUAGCCCCAACACCCUUACUCAACUUCACCCCUGUGACAACACUGAACACUACCCCUGCACCCCAGCUAAACACUAGUGCCCCUGCACCCCUGCUUAACAUUGCCUCUGCACCACUACUGAACCCAUACGCAACCCAAUCCUAUUUUCUUUCUUCUUCUUCACCCCUGCUAAACACAAGCCCUGUACCACCAAUAAACACUACUUCUGCACUGCUACUGAACACAGCCCCUCCUGCACCCAUUAUGGGUACCCUGCCAUCCCCUCUUCAACUGAAGACAGCUUCGUCUUGUAUGAGCUCCCCUCCGUCUGCCCCUCUGCUGAGCACUGUUCCUGCACCCCACCUGCAUACCAGCCCUGCAUCCUCACCCUAUAUGACCCUGCAAAACACCACCCAUUCUUCCCAGCUGAACUUAGCCCCCUUAUCCCUGCCUAAAUCUAUUCACGUACCCCAGUUUAACACACCUCUCAUACCUCAUCUGAAUACAGCCCCCACAGCAUCUCUCAGCUCCAUCCCUGCAGCUUUCAACAGGGCCCCUACAACCAUGCAGAACACCUCCCCCUCCCCCCUUCUCAGAACAACUCAUGCCUCCCUCCUCAACCUGGCUCCCACUUCACAGAGCUUCAACUAUGCUAGGCCAAAAGAGUUUAUCACUGCCCAGACUCCCCUCUCUCCAGUCAGGAGUCCCUCCCCUACAGAGUCCCCAGUUCCGUUGCUCCACGAGCUGGCUGCCGAGCUCAACUCCUCCAACCCCAACCUGUUCUCUCCACAACCCAGAGUCUUCCCCACCAGAGUCCUCAAGUCACCCACUAGCCCCCCUUCCUUCAUGUCCUCCCCCACCUCACCCUCCAUUUUGCCUGCUGCCUACCUCAACUCUGUGUUCACCCUGCCACAGCAGUCACCCCCACAGGCAGCGUCCCCGACCUCCAGCACCUCCACCCCCAGCCCCAUCCAGAACCAUGUGGCCUUCCUCAGCUCUGUCCUGCCCUCUCUACACACCACACAAGCCACCAACUCGAUGGGCCUGCCCAGGAGUGCUCAUGGGCCACCUCAAGGCAUGCAGAAGAAGUUGCCUACAAGCACUCGUCCUAUGUCAGAUGUUGACAUCCGUAGCAGCCAACAAACCCUCCUCCAGGAUAUGGAGAAAAAUCUUAGGUUCAAUGAAGAUUUUAUGCGUGGUCAUGUACAACAGAAGCAGACUACUUAUGAGGGGAAAACAGCGAGCAGAACCCUCGGACCAAACAUUCCUGCCACUGUCUUUAACUAUGACGAGGAGUACAAAGUGUCCAACUUUGAGCAGAGGCUGUUGAGUGAGAUCGAGUUCCGCCUGGAGCGCACCCCAGUCGAGGAGUCGGAUGACGAGGUACAACACGAUGAGAGCCCGACGGGGAAGUGCGUCGCGCCCAUAUUCGACAGGAAGCUGAGGAACUUCAGGGCCAUGGAGGGUGUGCCUAUGACGUUCUCCUGUAAAGUGGUGGGGAUCCCCGUACCGAAGGUUUACUGGUUCAAGGAUGGCAAGCAGAUCUUGAGGAAAAAUGAUCAUUAUAAGAAGAUAAGAGAGGGGGACGGAACCUGUGUCCUACACAUAGAGGUCACCAAUAACGACGAUGAUGGCAACUACACUGUCAUGGCAGCUAACCCCCAGGGACGAAUCAGCUGCUCUGGUCAUUUGAUCAUCCAAACGGGUCCUCUCCGAAACCGAAUGACACCUAUGAUUCACUCUCAGAGGGUGCGGGCCCGCAUACAGGAAGUGGAAGAGGGUGAACCAACCCAGGAGCGCUUCUUCCGACCUCACUUCCUCCAGGCUCCAGGGGACAUGGUGGCUCAUGAGGGCAGAGUCUGUAGAUUAGACUGCAAGGUGAGUGGCCUACCAAACCCAGAGCUGAUGUGGCUGAUCAACGGGAGGCCCAUCUACCCAGAUUUCUACCACCGGAUGCUGGUGAGGGAGAACGGCAUCCAUUCCCUUGUCAUAGACCCCCUAAAACAGGACGACGCUGGGACAUACACCUGCAUCGCCAGCAACAAAGCAGGACAGAGCUCCUUCGGUCUGGAGUUAAGAGUUGUGGAAAAAGAGAUGAAGCAGGCCCCCCAGUUUGUUGAGAAGCUCCAGAACACAGGCAUCGCAGAGGGCACCCCCGUCCGACUGGAGUGCAGGGUUCUGGGCAUGCCUCCACCUGUAAUCUAUUGGAAGAAAGACAACGACACCAUUCCUCACACCAAGGCCAGAGUCAGCAUACACCAGGAUGCCACUGGAUAUGUUUGCCUCCUGAUUCAGCCUACCAGGAAAGAGGAUGCUGGCUGGUACACCGUGUCAGCAAAGAAUGAGGCUGGAAUUGUUUCAUGCACAGCCAGGCUAGACAUCUAUGCCCAGUGGCAUAAGAAUGUCCCUCUGCCUAUGAAAAAGGCUCCGCGGCAGGGCAGUCGCUAUGCAGUGCUGACCGGUCAAGGCCUGGACAUCAAAUCUGCCUUCCCCACGACGGACAAUAGCCCCAUCCUGUUCUCCAGCUCCCCUGUGGAGGCACAGCUGGAGAGUGAGGAGCUGUGAGGAGCAGACACACUUCACCAUAGGGUUGUAAAAGUCUGUAAACUUUCCCAUAAUGCACAGGUUUUUCCGAAAUUCCAAAAGUUUAGGAAAGUUUGAGAAUUUUGUCAACCUACUCCACCACUCUAAUCACUACUGGCCCUUUGAACCUACAAACUACUCUUCUCUGGAGUCUCAUAGGGCUGGUUUCCCAGACACAGAUUCAGCCAAAUCCUGGACUAAAAAGCAUGCCCAAUAGAGAAUCUCCAUUGAAAGUGCUUUUAGUUCAAGACUAGGCUUAAUUUGUGUCUGGGAAACCGGGUCCCAGAGUUUAGUUUGCUCUAACACCUCCUGAUGACUAUCUACUAGUUCAUCUAAUCUGUCGUGGCCAGUGGGAUGGAAGAGCAGGACUAUAAUCUUAGCAGUUUGUGUCAUCUGGUUUGUGUGAUACAGUUGAUGUGAUACAUUGAAAUUACAAUGACAAAAACGGUUCGAUUUCCAACUGGCAACCUAAUGCUGUGUUUGUUUUUCUGCCAUUCCUAUUGAAUUGUAUCAUUUGAAGCGUCUUAUUCACACAAAACAGACAAACUUGCCAAGUUUCAGUUCACUAUCAUCUUUCGAUAGGUCCGAUUUGUUGAUGGUUCAUUUUGUUCUACUUUUUUGGACGAGUUAGUUUGAUAUUGAGGAGGUUGAUUGAAUGUUAAUGAUCGUGACAUACUUUCAUCGUCACACAUUUCAACCUGUUCUUAAUCUUUAGCAAAUUGACUGUUUCGUUUGGACGUGGUUGUUGUAUGGUUUUAUUUCAAACGUAUAUAUUUGUGUCAAAUAAAGAUAGUCUAUUUUAAUGUUUAUAUAAAAUAUAUGUGCAUUAAAUGUAAAUCAAAGAAAUACACUAAAGGAAAGCCAAAUGGACAAAUUAAAUUGUACACGUGCAUACAUUGAGUGGGGGAGGUGCUACUCAAUAUUAGGAAGGUGUUCUUAAUGUUUUGUACACUCAGUGU